ACUACUCAGAUUCGCGCCCUUGGCGUCUUCUCCAUAGCAACGGCAGCUGAGGCCCACGGGUAUUGUAGUAUUCUUAGCCAUCCUUAACGGCCAAAAUCACGGACAAAACGUUAUUUCUCAAAAACGAAGUUGAAAUAAUUUAAACUGGUGGUCAUAAUAUGAACAUGAUUGUUACAUUAUCCACGAGAGUCCUGAGGUUCUGUGUUUAGUCAUACUGAGGAUAUUGUUUAAAGAAAUAUGUUUUAACUUAAAUGUUCUGGUCUGGUCAAACAUCAGAAAAGCAGCGCCGGCUACAUUUUCACUUGGUGAUUCAUUGGUGUCAUUAGUAGUAUUCAUUUAUAUAUAUAAAUACGGUGUAGUUAAUAUAAUUAGAUAUAGAUAUAACUGAGGAAGCCAAGGAAUCUCACGGGCUUUUUUUUUAGUUUCUAGUCGGACGGUAUUUCCAUGUGCUCAGCCCGUGAGUGUCUGGGUCGUGUCUAGAUGGUAACCCUAGGUUUGCUGAAGAUCUCGCGAGAAUGACCAUUUUAACCCAAACCAUGAUUUUUCUCUACCUUACUCUAGCCAGGUUUCUUUUGUGCCCAAACCAAGUCAGGCCAUAACCACGGCGUUGCCACGUCAUAAACAUCAUUAUUUUGUACAACGCAUGUUUGUUUUUUUAUUUUAAGAAAUGAAAAUCUCGCGAGGGUUCCGCAAAUCUACGAUUUAAGGUUACCAUUCAGAAACGACCGAGUUUCUGCCAUAUCUGCGGACAAAAACGUUUCUGACUAACUGUGAAAUUAUGUUUUAUUGGACAAAUGAGAAGCCAGCGGAGGCUGAGACACCCGACAGUGUCAGUAACAUGUCUAAAGCGGAGAUACUGAGAAUAAUCAUCUCUGAGAAACUGGCAACAGCCGCGCAGGAAAUCUUAGCGGUUGUUGAGAGAACCGUAGCCGGGUACGAGGAGGAGGCUUCGGGCUUCAGACAGGAGAUUGACCGGCAGAGGAGACAGCUGGAGGUUCUCCUGCAGCCUCAGGUCAAACUGGAGAGAAUAAUAGACACUGCAGAUCACUAUGGGGUGAUCAUGGAAGAGGAGGAAGAGGAGGAGGAAGAGGAGCACAAACAGCAACAGAGUGUGGAGGACUCUGAGAGAGUGAGCCUCCUCAAUAGUGAUGAGGAAGAAGAAGGUGAAGAAGAGGAGGAGGAGGAGCAACCAGCACUGAGCAGCCAUAUUCAACAAGAAGAGGCCAAAAAAGAGGACGAUCUGUCCAGCAGCUGGACAUCACAGCAACAAGAAGAAGACGUGGAGACAGAGGGAGCUCACGACAAACCAAGUGAUGAUGUUGAAGCUGCUGAGAGCGAAGGAGACGGUGGUGAUGAUGAUUAUGAUGAGGAAGAGGAGGAGGAGGAGGAGGAGGAGGUGAUGGUGGAUGACAGAGACGGCGACUGGAAACCAGACAAGAGUGACGACGAGUUGAAGGAGAGAGAACCUGAACCGACGAGGAAGCGACAAGCCAAACGUGUCAAAACAAAAAGCAGGGAGCUGAUCCAGUCGUCUCUGAACGCGUCGACUGAGAACAGCGACGCUCUUCUCUUCUGUAAAAUCUGCAGAGUCCUGCGCGGGUCGACGAACAUGUUGAUAAAACACGCCUGGAGUCACGUGGGCAAUCCAGAGAGAGUUUGUGGAGUGUGCGGAGAACACUCAGAGUCUGCAGAGGAGCUGAGGAGUCACCUGCAAAGCCACCAGAAGAUUCACAGCUGCAACAUCUGCGGGAAGUCUUUCAUCAACUUAAAUAGCCUCCGAGAGCACACUGCUGGACACACAGGACAGAAAACAUAUAAAUGCGAUAUUUGCCACAAAGCGUUUCAUCUUAAGAUAAACUUGACUUCCCACCAGAAGGUCCAUGUGGAGGAUAAACCAUACAAAUGUGAUAUUUGCCAAAAAUCAUUUAGUUAUAAGGGGGAGCUCAAAACUCACAGCAGGUUGCACACAGGUGAGAAGCCAUAUCAGUGUGACGUGUGCAGUAGAUCUCUCGGUAGCCGUCGAUCUUUAUCCACGCACAUGUUGAUCCAUUCAGGAGAGAAACAUCACGGCUGCGAGGUUUGCGGGAAGCGUUUCAAACGUCUCCAAGAUCUGAGAAGCCAUGAGAACAUCCACAAAGCCCGAGACAAACCGUAUCUGUGUGAGGUUUGCUGCAAAGCGUUUCAUUCAAGCUUCGGAUUAAAGUCCCACCUGAAGACACACAACGCACACCAGGAGAGAGCGCACGUUUGCAGCGAAUGUGGCAAAGGAUUCACCUCCAAGAUGAAUCUGAUGGCCCACAUGAAGAGCCACUCUGAGGAGAGACCGUUCAGCUGCUCAGAGUGCGGUAAGUUAUUUAAAUUCAAGAAUAACCUCAAUGCCCACCUGAGGCUCCACACGGGACUCAAACCGUUCGUCUGUGGUGUUUGUGGGAAAACGUGCGGGAGACAAGACCACCUGGUGGUCCACAUGAGGACACAUAACGGGGAGAGACCGUACCAGUGCACAGUCUGCGACAAAGCCUUCACUCAGAGCCACUGUCUGAAAACACACAUGAAGAGCCACCAGGCGGAAGAAACGUCAGCAGACAUUUCUAUAAACUCUCUCCAAAAGAAGGAUUGACAGUAAUUUACCAUUGACAGAGGCUGUAAAUAAUUACUGCUAUAAUUUGGUGUUUUUAGCAGUUGCUGUGGUUUUUAAGUAUUUGUAUGGAAGUUAAAAGAAGCCCAUUUAUGCCAGGAACAGGAAAAAAUAAAUGAAAUAUUAAGAAUGAAGAUAGAAUAGGAUUUAUGAGAUAUUCCAUACUGAAAUAUGUCAGCUGUGAAGUUUUCUUAAUGUCCCCAGAGGAUGAAUCCUACUGACUUUUCCUUUGGCACCAUAAGGUCAACAUUUGUGAUUCAGAGUGAACUAUCUCCACAACUAUUUGAUAGAUUGCCCUGAAAUGUAUAAUGAAUAUUUAAGGUUCCUGCAGGAACCUUAAAUGAUCCUCUAACUUUUCAUCUAGCGCCACCAUCUGGUCAAAAUUUCAGUUUGUCCAACACUUUGGUUUAUGACCAAAUACCUGCAAAACUAAUAUCACCCUCAUCAGCACUGUGCUGUACUUUGUGUUUAGUGCUAAUUAGCAAAUCUUAGCAUGCUGAUGUUUGCAUUUAGCCUCUUUCACACAUGCAGUCUAUUCUUGGUUCAGGAACAUUUCCUGCAUGGGAUCAUGUGUAAAUUGGAGCAGGGAUCGGAUAUUAAGGGAAAUCUGUACUGUCAAUUUCCCACCUCAAGACCUAGUAACAUUUCAGGGAAAAUGCUGGUACGGCUGCGUUGUGAAUGAAAGCAGUAACAUUGCAGGGACAAACACGUAAAGGGUUACGUCCAUCUGACGAAAGACACUUUCACAUGGAGCAAGCGAAUCAAUCACAAGACUCCACUGAUGAUGUAUUUGAAUCCGCAACUUGUUAAUUGGUUUCCAUGUUUAGUCAAUAAAAUGUAUGAAAAUCAUCAAACAAAAGUCGUAACGCAACUUCCCAGAGACUCGUUUCCUCUGCUCAACAAUCCAAAACCUCACAAUUUACUUCUAUCUGACAAGGCGGAAGAAGCGAAUAUUUACGUCACGAUGACGACAUACUGUUGACACAUCGUAAUUGUUCUCAAUAAAUCAUCUUUUUUGGAAACGUG